UGUUGUUUAAAAGUAAUGCUUCGCUUUCUUUUUCAAGAAUAAAAAUCUGCUGAGCCGGAGUAUGCAUAGUAUUUCAGAUUUAUAUUUUCUUCUGUUAGCAAUAGUUUGUAGUGCACAAGAUAUUGCAGGUUUACUCCACAGUGUCGUUAGCCUUCAGUAACGCAUCCGCUCCGCGAAGCAAGUUGUGCACGACCGAAACGACCUGUAUAAAGAGCUUCGGUAGGCAGCGGUAUAAUUCGUUGCCUGCCAAGUCUGUGCUACCACUCAAAAUAAAAAACCGCUCUGAAGACUGGCAUUUUAUUCACCCAAUCUUUACAAGCCAACUGACCAGAGAUUCAACCCUACACCGAUUACGAGCUUUGUGUUGCGAUCGGUGUGCGCGCGCUGAAAUUUGGAAGCUUCCGAGCCUGCUGUGGUGAUCAGACCUUGUGAAGAAAGCUGCAUGGCAAUCUAAAAUGAUUCCUUCCUUUGUCAAAAGACUGUCAAGCUCCCUGUCCUUUGGCAGCGGAUCCGGAUCCAAAAGUCCUGGCAGAGGUGAGCGCGGCAAACAGGAAAACGGGCCAUCCCAGGGUUCAUCCAGUUCCAACAACAAUGGCGCUGUUGAUUACGAAGAAAUCACCGCUCUCAGAAGGCAGAGCACUCACGAGCUACCAGCAGGUACCGGUACUGAGACAGACGCGGUGCGGAGGAAAAGUUCCAGAAGCAACGCUGUGGCCUCUGUUAGGGAAGCCACCAAGCAGUUGUCCAGGAGAUCAACAAAGUCUAUUUCUUCGGUUCAAAGUGUUCGCACUGCUCAAGAAUUCUUUUUGUGCCGAGCAAGGAAGAACAUCUUCAACUUCACUAAGGAGGCUCCAGUAAACUGGUUGCAAACAAAAAGAGGCUCCCAUCUGAAUGAGAACUGCUAUAAGACAACCUAUGCUGAUUCCAUUGACCCUGCUUCCAUUCUUAUGCAGGUGAACAUGGAGAAGAAGAGUCGUCUAACUCAUUUCUUGCCACCAGAAGAGAAGCUAGCCAUUUGUCAUCUACUCAAACAAGUUGAAGACGUAGAGGGAGGGAAGAUAAGCGUGGAUGAUGUGGAUGAUGAUGUUGCCGAAGUGGUGCAGAUUGAGGAGCCACCUCCUAAAAAACCGAAGAUUGUGAAAUCCGCUUCACAGAAGCUCCGUGAAAAAGCUGUGAAACAAGCAUUAAAAAAGAAAACCUCAGGGGCAAAAGCAGAGAAACCAAAACAGAAAAGAGCUGCCAAGAAAAAAGGUGAAGCAGAGCCGAAGAGAAAGAAAGCUGUGAAAAAAGUGAAUGAGCUUGAACUUCACCCACGACCUGAUAUUAAAGUGUUGGACAAAGACCCUCUGUUUGAAACUGAUGCAAACAUGCCGUAUGUAUCAAAGAGAGCAAACUCUCGGCUUGUUUUCCGAGCCAUUUAUCUGAAGGACAACAAGAUGUUGGGGAAGCUCCUGAAGGACGGAAAUCGGAUGAGAGAUCUUUUGUACAAGUCCCUCGACAACGACGACUCACCUAUGAAGGCAGCUGUGGAAGUUGGAGAUGCUGCCGUCUUCAAGACUCUGCUUCAUGAAUACUCAGGAGACAAAUAUGAGUCAAGGUUGAAAGACAAUGACUACGAGACAAACAUGCUGGAAAAGCUGGAUAACGGCAGUUACAAUCAGAGGUCUCUUGGAAUCCGAUUUAUUCGCAAGCUACAAGCUAGCAGGGGGAACAGAGAAGGAAACAAUGCCUUUCUCGCAACUGAAGAAGUGCCGAGAUUUUCCUUGAGUGAUCUGCUGUUGUGGGGUAUGAGCGAUGCACUGUUAAAAGUUUGGAAAAAUUUUAAACAGAAAAAGGGAGAAGAAAAAAGUUGGACGGAUGCUGUAAGCACACGACAUUUCCAAUUUUUUCUGAUGGCUGGUGAUCACAAGCGAGCUGGUAAACUGGUCGAAGAGGAUUUGAAACUUGGCUGUUCUGGUUUCAAUAAUCUGUUCAGAGAUGUCUUGCUGUUUGAGAAAGAGGAUCUGACCAACUGCUCUCCUUCAAAUGUUACUCAGGUCAACAAAAGAGUGUUCAAGCUGUCCCCUGUCCACUGUGCAGCGGUCAAUCCCAAUGUGAAGUACCUGGAGAAACUGCUGUCCGUGGUGCCAGACGUACACAUGACGGACACCACCGGCCGGAGACCGAUUCACUUUGCCGCUUGUUGCAGCAGCACGGCUCCCCUGGAACUGCUGUUGGGCUGGGGAGGAAACCCAAAUGACACAGAUUCGCAGAGAAACAUCCCCCUUCACUACGCCGUGAAGGCCAACAGACCAGACAAUGUGCAGCUCUUGUUCAAACACGCGUCAGCCAAUGCGGGACAAGACAUGCUGAGUGGCAAGUACGGUGUGGGUGGCGUGAAUCGACCCACAAAGACUUCUCACACGCCUCUUCACCUCGCUGUUUUGAGGGACAAAAUUGAAAUGGCCAAAGUUCUGCUGGCAAAUGGAGCAAAUGUGAAUGCCAAACUAAACGUGGCCAUGAUGCAGAUCACUCCGCUCAUGUUUGCAGCUCAGAGAGGAAACCUGAAGAUGGUUCGUCUCCUGGUGGAGAAGGGUGCGGUUGUGGAGCAGAAAGAUCGUCUAGGUCGCACAGCUCUUAUCCAUGCUUGCAAGAACGGAGCAACCAAGGUGCUGUCUUACUUCCUUCACAUCGGGGCUAACGGAGAGCGGGGAGACCACUCGGACAACACCCCACUGCACUACGCUGCGGCCUUUGGAUGGCUGUUCACUGUCAGGUUUUUACUGGAGGCAGGGGUGGAUCCAAAUGCCAGCAACAUGUGGAAAGUGACUCCGGUCUCGGUGGCCUAUUUAAAAGCCCAGAACGGCAUAGUGAGAGAGCUGCUCAACAGUGACAAAGUGGACAUCAACUUCCCCGAUGACAAUGGUCUGACCCUUGUGUUCCGUGGCUGUCAGAGUGACCUGCGACAGAAAGAUCUAGAAGCUCAGAUCAAGUACCUGGUGGAAGAAAGAGGAGCACUGUGCACCACCAAGGACAAUGAUGGAAGAAAUCCGAAAGAAGCGGUGAGUCAGAGCAUCAAGAUGGCCGAACUUCUCAUCAAACAUGGCUGCAAAGUGACUGACGUGGAUGAGGAUGGCUUCACUCCAGCAAUGCUGGCUUUGGGCAUGAAUUUGAACUUGCCCCUGGCCGAGUUCCUGCUCAAGAGUGGAUCCCCGGUGUUGGCCCCUCCCGACGGUGAUCCGGACAGGUCCGUCCUGCACCUGUUGGCGACUAACUUAUGGACAAAGGAGGGAAAUCCUUAUCAAGUCCAAGCUCUGUGCAGGAAAUUUAAAUUUGAUGAGGAAGUUGACAAGAUGUUGCAGUACGUGGACAGUGAUGGCUACACCCCUCUGCAGUUAAGCGUUGUGAGCUUGAAAGAAGCACCGUGCCGUGUGUUCUCCGACCUGGAAGAACACAGAGCUGCCAAGCUGCUACAGAAGAAGCAGUGGGAUAACUUCCACGAGUACAUCAAAGCCCUCAUUCCUGCCUCGGAUCUCAAUGCUGUCGUUGGAAAGAAGUUCUUUGCAAUUGAUGACAUGCCCAAACCAGACUCAACAAACUGGUACGAGGACAUACAUCAUGCUGGGAAAAGUGCAGCUCACCUGUCUUUGCUCCUUGAUGAUCCAACUUUUGACACAAAGGGCAACAUUGUGGACAGAAACAGCGGAUACUUAUUCAAGAUGUUGGUGUCGGCCGGAACAAAUGUGAACGUCAGAGACAUCGGGGGCAGAACUGUGUUGAACACUGUGAUCAGCAAGAACAGGAUCAAUGUCAUUCCAUUCCUGGUCAAAGAAGCCAAGUGCGAUGUCAAUCUGCCCGACCUGGAGAAGACUGCCAGCGGAAGGUCAAAAGUUCAUCCCAUCAUUCAAGCUAGCAGUAAUAUUGCUUUUCCGGCUUUGCUAGCCUUGGCUGAGUUUGACAAAUUUGAUAUCUCAGCGAGUCAGAAGGAAACUGGAAGUUCAUCCCUUCACAUUCUGGUGAAAGAUCACUAUCGAUACUUGUUUCAAAUUUUGCAAGUUUUAGAAAAGUUUGCAAAGCGAGGAUACAACUUCAACGCAGUGGAUAACAGAAAAAGAACGAUCAUGCACUAUGCUAUAAGACAAAACAAAGGAACUUUGAAUGAGAGCUUUGAGCUGGAGGUGAAGCUGCUGCAACUUGGCGUGGAUCUCUCGCUGCAGGAUGACAGAGGAAGAACGCCCUUCCAUUACGUUUUCAAGAAAAAAAACCGGGGAUUGGAGCCGACUUCAACGUUGAAGACAGAGAUGGGAACACGCCCUUAGCUCUGGCAAUUCUCAACAAACACGACGGAUGUGCCACCACUUUGAUUCAGAGUGGAUCAGAUUUGCUCUCUGAGGUCAAGGUGGUUUCAGACAGCCUGAAAAAGAAGAGAAAGAAUCAAGAGAAAGCCAGAAAGGAGAAACUUGGGAAAGCAAGUCGACCUGCAAACAAAAGGAGGGACUCUAAUGACAGUGAGGACGAUGAUGAUAAUGACAGUGAUGAUGAUGAUGGUAGUGAUUCCGGCAGCGAUGAAAAAAGCGAUGAGGAGGAAGAAAUGAGUGGGGAAGGAGACUCGGAUGACGGAAAUUUGGAGCUGGGAACCAAAUUGAUGUGGAGACCGUUAAGAGAUGUCCAGGACAAAAAAGACAUCGAGAAAAUCCCGAUCUACCAGGCGGCAGUAACGUCAGAUCUGAAUGGUGUGGCCAUGUUUGUGACGGAGGCAGACAGUGACCGAUCAGGACUUACCCAGCUGGAUGCGAUCAAUAUUGCAAUAAACAACUGCAAGUACAACACCGCAUUGCGUUUGGUUUGCACGACAACGGACCUGAAAGUUUUGAAGCAUGUCGACGACAAAGGGAGAAACCUUCUUCAUGUCCUGGCCCUGAGCUGUGAGAACAACUCAAAAACUAGUGAUGGAGCGAUAAAUAAAAUUGCCGAGGUUUUGAUCAACUCGGGUGUGCCUGUUGAUGUCCCAGAUGACUACCGCUGUUCACCUAUCCUGUAUGCUGUGCUCAAUCGGCAUUUUAACCUCGCUGACUUCCUCGCAGAAAAGAGUGGGGGCUACAAGGUGAAAUACACGGAUGGAUUUGGACGAGGCUAUCUUGCUGCUGCACUGUGGAGAUCCUAUUCCAAAGGAAUUGACUCAAACACUUGGUCCUUCAUUGAGAGACUCAUAGGCAAAAAACUGAAUGUCAACCAACACUUUGACUUGCCUGUUGGAGAGCAGUGGAUUCGACACAACAAAACUGUGGACCCAAACUACUGGAUGAGCUACCGUGACCACAAGAUAACGGCCUUGAUCCUAUCCAUUCAUAUCGAGGAUUUUGACAUUUCUCACAAUUUCCUUCAGUUUGGGGCGGAUCCAAACCUAUCAGACGGAAACAAUCUGACUCCUCUCAUGCACGCUGUGGUUUUGAAUCUCAAGAACCAUGUGAAGCAGUUGCUGAACUAUGAAUACGAUCCAAAGUGCCCAAAAAAUUUUACUGGACUCAAAGAACAUGAAACGCCAGCUGCAGAGCCAAAAAAAGGAGGAAAGAAACUGAACCCUUCUGUUUUCAACAUUGUGUCUGUGGACAACGAGGCGUCUGAUGAUGAAAGUGAAGAAGAAGAGGAAGAAAUGGAUGUGGAAGAUGAGGACGAGACCAGUGCUACAUCGUCAGCUGGAGAAGAUUUCUUGCCUGUCAAGAAAACCAGCCAAGUCAAGUUGGAUGUGAAAAACAAAGAGAAUCAGACAGCCUUGCACUUGGUGGCGAGACCCAAACCUGAAGGCACCUAUGACAACGAGGAAAUCGCCUUUGUUUUGAUUAAAGCUGGAGCCAAACAGACAUUUGACAGACAAGGGCAGACACCGUUUGACUUGGCCCUGAAGUCUGGGGCCGUGAAAGUAGCCUGUCGUCUGAGAUCUCUGUACGAGCUUCCCUCUAAGACUAUGAAGGUGCAGUAUAAGAGAGACUUCAAAGUGACUGACGGGGUCCCUCCCAGCAAGGAAAAACUGACCGACUUCAUGGAAGCUGCAGACAAAGUCCUCCAACGAUUUGACUCCUCACAGAUGGUCGUCGAAGACAAAUACGUUCAUGAAAUUGAUGAGAACUGCAAUGUUACAAAUGGGGAAUUGGUGAAAGACGAAGAACUGGACAUGUACUAUGAUGUUCUCUUGACCAAAGUGGACGUCAACAGAGGAGAGUGGGGCUUGUAUAACUUUUACCAGCUUCAGUUGGUAUUUCAGCCCGGUAAGAAACUGUACGUUCUCUUCACCCGCUGGGGCCGCAUCGAGGAUUCUGGACAGUUCCAGCACACUCCCUUCACAGACAGAGAGACUGCAGUCAAAGAGUUCAUGAAGAUCUUCCGAGAGAAAACGGGCAACACGUGGCCAGAAGUCAAAAACUUUGAACAGAAGCCCAGAAAGUAUCGCUUAGUGGAAGAUGUAGCAAGGAAAGCACCACCCGCCCAGAAAGAUGUGGACAUCACUUUAGAAAGCAGCUGCAAGUCUGUGCUGCCCAACCAACUGCACUUUGUCAUCAAAACCAUGAUGAACCCAAAGAAAAUGCAGCUGUCUAUGAAAGCCACCCGCGGACUGAGCACCGACUGCCUGCCUUUUGGCCAGCUCAACAAAGAGAGACUGAUGCAAGGGAAACGCAUCCUGGAGGAAAUAGAGAAACUUGUUGACCAAGUGGAGAAGUACAGAAAAAGUCAUAACCGACACGAUGAGGUAGACCCAGAGGAGAAAGCCAAGUACAAAGAACAUUUAGAAAAGAUUGAUACACUUAGCAAUGAAUACUUCCACGUUGUGCCGCAAAAAAAUUUCUCUUGCGAGAAGCUCCGCCCCCUUGACCAGCGCCAGCGUCUGAUGCAGCAGAUCCAGAACCUCAGUAACCUGCUGGACUAUGAGGUCGCCUGCAAGAUGCUUCUGGGGGCCAUGGCGAACAGGAAAGUCUACAAUCCAGUUGACUACGUGUAUCGCUGUCUGGACUGCAAGCUGGAGCUUCUUUCUUCAGAUGACCCCAUGAUGGAAAGGAUUCUGUGCUACAUUUGGUUCAGUGACAAAGGGAAUUCAACAGUGCAAGCUAUCUACAAAGUUGCCCGUGAAGGAGAAGAUGAGCGUUUCCGGGCGAAAGAACCGCAAAAUCGACGCUUUUUGUGGCAUGGAACGAGCAACUCAAACCUGUUGAGUAUCUUGAGGCGUGGCCUUCUGGUGGCUCCCGCGGAAGCAAGAAAAACCGGUUGGAGGUUUGGAAAGGGCAUCUACUUUAGUGACCAGUUUGUGAAGAGCAAGGGCUACGUUGCACGGGCUACAACAAACUUCAUGCUGCUUUGUGAGGUGGAACUUGGUGAGGUCCAUACGUUUGACAACAAGAAAUCUGCUGAAGACCAGGAGGAUGCUAUGGCCAAGUCUGACAGCGUCAUAGCUGUAGGAUACUCGUGUGCAGAGAACUGGUUCUUUCUCAGAUCAGGAGUGAAGAUUCCAGAAAAACGAGGAACUACCUCCAACUACUUCGACUAUUCAUCAGACAACACCGAGUACAUUGUCAAAGACCCAGCUCAAGUCUGUAUUCGCUAUCUCAUUCAGUAUAAGUGAGACAGAAAUUCUUUUCCCGUGAACACCAUUUUUCAUAGAAAUUGAAAUUUCACGUAGUUUCACAAAUUCUUAUUUGAUUGUGUUUGUCUCAUGACGUAGAUCUGUGGGUAGAUAUCGGAGACAUCUGUGAAGGGUGUCAACAAACUGAUGUGUGUUUGAGAAAUUAGACACACUGGGUGGCAGCAAAUACAGCCUUCAUUUUAUUUGUUCAAUACUCUCGAUUAUUUUCGCUAUUGGGUUGAAUCAAAGACUUAAAAAAUCAUCGUGGAGUUUGCAAAAUAUGUAGAAAUAUAUAUACACAUGCGGUAUUCCGUUGAACAUUUCAGAGGUUACGUUUCAGCGAUGGGGGAAAAUUAAUAAAGUAGGUACAAUAUAAUUAUUAUGUAUUUUACGCCUUGAUAAACCCUCCCCGCACUCUUUCAAAUUUCUCCUGUACUCUAAUGAAUACUUUUUACUCUUGGAGUAUGAGAGACCGGUGUUUAAAAAAUUGCGCACUCAUACCACCGUAUGCAGUUGCAAGCGCUGUAAAACACUUAACCCCCCAAGAAAGUUUAAAAAUUGAAACAUUUGUAUACAUUUGUGAAUAAUUUUACCAAGAAUAAAAUUUUGUAAGGGUGGAAUAAUGAAUCAGCCGUGCAGCGCUAAACGAUGAAAGCGACGACGAUGAUCAGAACGAUGUACUGCACCAGAGAGAAAAACCUUUACGUCUUUUCUGGAGGUACUGCUUUGUAAGAUUUUCCUUGAAAGGUUUUCUUGCCUUGUCGAUGUCAUCUGUCGAUGAAAGGGGGCCCCCCCAAUCUUGUAGUCCACGUCGAGAUAACUUGACUCACGUCCUCUCACUUGUUAGCUCACUGAAGACUGGCCCCCAUGUUAGUUGGUCAUGCGCGAAGACCUUUUUCCGUUGGCCAGGUGCACAAACGUUUGCUGGCCAAAAUGUUAGACAAAACAAAAUGUUCGAUCCUACAGCUUCGUCAAGUAGUCGAGCGUUUUCGGUUAGAAAAAAUCCGAUGUACCGUGUCUGCAAAAUGUAAACCGUGACUCGGUGUAGGAAUACUGUGUGUGUCGUCAUACUAUGCUACAUUAAUUUCCCAAUGCAGUUUUGUUUUUCUAGAGUUUUCUCUCUCGAGCAGAUGGUAUUGAAUAGUAUUUGCAUGUGCUGGUAUAUUUUUUUUUUAUCGUGAAAAGUUAUAUCUGUUUGCUUGUCUCAUUACAUGUUAUUUUUCUAUAAAAACUAGACAAAAGUCCAUCUUUGUUUUUGUUGUUUCUAUGAUAUUUUGGUCGGGAUGCUCUUUUACUGGCUGUGGUAUUUACCAUUAUUUAUAAGCACUAUACUAUAGCCUCUUUUGAAUGUGAAAGGCUCAUACCUGUUACCUCGUCUUGUUGCGUGCUGUUUGACUGUUAUGGUAUCAGCAAAAAACUGAACAAGACUUGGUUUUUGUUUUCGUAUAUUUCCUGUGAUAUUUCGGUCAUUUGCCAUAUUAUGACUUUUUGUUUUCAUAAAUAACAUUCACAUUUUAUGAUGGUUUAACUUAUCAGAUUUGUGUGGUAUGUUCCAUGAUUAGUUUUAUAACUGUGGGGGAUAUGCGCUUUGGAGAAUUUUGUAUUUGUUUUUUUGUCAUAUGAGGCUUGAAAAUUUGUUUGACUGAAAUAAGGCUUUUUAAAUAUAUUUUUUACAUUUUUUCUUCUAGUUAGACUAAUUCAUGUUUCUGUAUUAGUUGUUAUUGCAAAUCCUUUGUGACUGACUUGAAUGUAACUACGUAAGCUGCAUAAAGAUUAGGGAAGUAAGGAGGAGGAGGUCAAGGUCAUAUUUUAUUUGUAAAAAAAUGCAACAAAUAGUUUGUUGUCAAUGCAAAGAGAUGACGAUCAAAUGGAAAAAAAAAAA